UAUGUGUUUAGUGCGCAGGGAUAGCGGUAGCUUCUGCACAUUUGUACCCCGCACGGAGCACCGAGAGAAACAGCGCACACCUUUAAUGCCUCUGUGCCUACAAAGCAACGUUAACGGUUACUUUAAAGACAUGUUUAUUGUAUAUUGCGAGACAGGAGCUUGGAUGUUUUACAUUUCUGAAGCUGACACGUUCUUCACAGGGCAGCCUGACCUCGUUGUUGUUGAAACAAGAUGAUAAAAAACUGGAGCGUCAUCGGAGGGAUAGCGGCUGCGAUUGCUGCUGGAGUUUAUGUCAUGUGGGGCCCAAUUACAGUAAGGAAGAAAAGGAAAAGAGGUAUGGUCCCAGGUCUGUUAAAUCUGGGCAACACCUGCUUCUUGAACGCUCUGCUCCAGGGCUUGGCUGCCUGUCCGUCCUUCAUCAAAUGGUUAGAGAAGUUUUCAGGCAUGCCCACGAUCCAAUCAUGCAAAGGCAACCAGCUGUCUACCACACUGCUGCAGCUUCUCAAAGCUCUGUCCACUGAUGAACCUGGAGAAGAAGACGUUCUUGAUGCUGGAUGCCUCCUGGAUGUUCUCAGAUUGUACCACUGGCACAUCAAUUCAUUUGAAGAGCAGGAUGCACAUGAACUUUUUCAUGUUCUCACAUCUUCUCUGGAGGAGGAGCGGAAUCGUCAACCCAAAGUCACUCAUUUAUUUGAUGUGCAGUCGCUCGAGAACCUUCCCAAUCACGAAGACAAAACUAUGGCCUGCAGAAGUCGAGCUCCUCUUCAUCCAAUACCAGAUCCUUGGAAGUUUCACCAUCCUUUUCACGGUCGCUUAACAAGUAACAUGUCCUGCAAGCACUGCGAGAUACAAAGUCCGCUGCGAUAUGACUCGUUUGAGAGUCUUUCCUUGUCCAUCCCUCUUCCUCAGUGGGGUCGGCCCAUCUCUUUAGACCAGUGCCUGCAGCAUUUUAUUUCAUCAGAAACUAUCAAAGAAGUGGAGUGUGAAAACUGUACAAAGCUUCAACAAAGCACAACUCUAAAUGGGCAAGUUUUGGAAAACCAGAGGACGACGUUUGUCAAACAGCUGAAACUUGGAAAGCUCCCUCAGUGCCUCUGCAUCCAUCUGCAACGACUGACCUGGUCCAGUGAAGGAACCCCCAUCAAACAACAGGAGCACGUGCAGUUUACAGAGUUUCUGUUGAUGGAUCGCUACAAACACAACAGCUCCUCACCAAAGAAUCGGCUGAAUAAGUGUUCUUCCAUAGCUGAAACGCCUGGGAGUUUAAAUGAUAACACAGAAAGGCCAAAAGCCAAUGGAAAGGAUACAGAACAUCACAACAACAACAAACCUUUCUCUAAUGACAGCUGUUCGUCUGUAUUUCUUCAUUCUUCUGGUUUAAACCCACAGCUUGGCCUCUCAUUCGACUACAGUGUCUUUCCCUCUAGUUCGACAGAGUACUUGUUCCAGCUCAUGGCUGUGCUGGUGCACCAUGGGGACAUGCACUCGGGACAUUUCGUCACGUACCGCCGCAGCCCCUCAGCCUUCAGCUCACAGUGGCUUUGGGUGUCGGACAAUUCGGUACGGAAAGCCAGCCUGCAGGAGGUGCUGUCCUCUAACGCGUACAUGCUCUUCUAUGAAAGAGUUGGGAGGCCGAGCCUCGGUCCAAACUCAAACGAGUCAUUGAGCCUUGAGGGGAAAGCUAUUAGGUCGAAAAUAAUUUUGUCUUGAUGUGACGCAGCAUCACACUGCGUAUUAUGUGAACGCUAUGCUGCUCUGAUCAUAACAGGAUGCUCCUAAUUCUAAAGAUGAUGGAUCUGCAGGAUUUUUCUCAUGUUUUGGGUCAGGUAAGCUAGUUUUUCAGAUGUAUUUUAACCCAUUUUUGUAACAUUUCUACUCUACAUUCUGAGAUAAACAGGAAUAAUAUCGUUUACACCAAGGAAACAAACUUGGGGUACAGUCUUCAUAUUUACACCUCAUAAUUAAAUUUUUGAUGAAGAUGUGGGAUUAUUAUUCUGGGCUGUAAUCAUAAAGCAAAUAUACUCUUAGGGGGUCCUGUCAAUUGUUCCAAAGCUGCUGAUAUUUUGUGAUACUGAGAAGUUGUUACAAAAUGUGAAACAUCAGGCAUUUUAGUUUUAUUUUUUUUACUUCAGCUCUGUUGAAUUCAUUCCCAUUACAGAUUAUAAAAUAUCCUUGAGAUGUUUAAAUUUACACCUUUUUAGACUGUUAUGAAAUCAUCUGUACAGUGUCAUCAUUUGCAGAGCUGCAUGAUUGAAAAUAAAGUACCUAGUUCUCUUUAA